AUGUAUCAAUUGAAAGUGUUGGUUCACCGCUCCAAUGCAGAUGUGUUGGUCAUUACUGAGACAUGGUUAGACAAGAGUGACUUUCUGGUUAGAACCUUUUUCGGCAAGACAGAUCUUCCAAAGGUGGUGGAGUGGAAAUCUUUACAAAGGAACACCUUCAGUGCUCGGUUGUCUCCACUAAGUCUGUCCCCAAACAAUUUGAUUUGCUGGUUUUAAGCAUUACACUUUCAAAUAGCUCUUUGUUGACUGUUGCUGGGAGCUAUUGUCCACCAUCAGCACCGGCCUGUACCCUACCUGCCCUAAGCUCUCUCCUGGCCCCUUACACUGAGUCUGAAUGUGUCUUGCUA